GCGGCGACAGCCGUGGCGACCGGAAGCUGUGUGUGUGUGGGCACGGCGCGGUACUGUAACGGCGCGCCGUGACAGGGGUGAAUGCGGCAGCGAUCCGGGAGGGCCGCGCGGGGUGAGAGCCUUCCUGCUGAGGUCGCUUCCUCGCAGACAUGACCACACAGUAUGGUAUUCUCUUCAAGCAAGAACAAGCUCAUGAUGAUGCCAUCUGGUCAGUUGCCUGGGGAAAGAAUAAAAAAGAUGGUUCUGAAACUGUGAUCUCUGGUUCUUUGGAUGAUCUCGUGAAGGUCUGGAAGUGGAAUGAUGAAAAAUUGGAUCUACAAUGGACGUUGGAGGGUCACCAGCUAGGUGUGGUGUCUGUGGAUAUCAGCCACACGGGUUCCAUCGCAGCAUCCAGCUCCCUAGACGCCCACAUUCGCCUUUGGGAUUUAGAAACUGGCAAACAGAUCAAGUCAAUAGAUGCUGGCCCUGUUGAUGCUUGGUCCCUGGCUUUUUCACCUGAUUCCCAGUUCCUUGCAACAGGAAGUCAUGUGGGAAAAGUAAAUAUUUUCGGUGUUGAAACUGGAAAAAAAGAAUAUUCUCUGGACACUAGAGGAAAGUUCAUCCUUAGCAUUGCAUAUAGCCCAGAUGGAAAAUACUUAGCCAGUGGAGCAAUAGAUGGCAUUAUCAAUAUUUUUGAUAUUGCAACUGGAAAACUUUUGCACACGCUAGAAGGUCAUGCGAUGCCUAUUCGUUCCCUGACAUUUUCUCCAGACUCUCAGUUACUUGUAACGGCUUCAGAUGACGGCUACAUCAAAAUCUACGAUGUACAGCAUGCCAACUUGGCUGGCACACUGAGCGGUCAUGGAUCCUGGGUAUUAAAUGUAGCAUUUUGUCCUGAUGAUACCCACUUUGUUUCCAGUUCAUCUGAUAAAAGUGUGAAAGUUUGGGAUGCUGGAACAAGAACCUGCGUUCAUACUUUCUUUGACCACCAAGACCAGGUUUGGGGUGUGAAAUAUAAUGGAAGUGGGUCCAAAAUUGUGUCUGUUGGAGACGACCAAGAAAUCCAUAUUUAUGACUGUCCUGUUUAAGUGUCUUGAGUUAAGUGCUUUGGUUUUCUGCUGUGGCAUUUCUUAGAAAUACUGCAGUCCUUGUAUUAUUACCUUUUUAAUAUUAAAAAAGCAUUUUAGUAAUGCUCAAGAAAUGAAAUAUCAUUUGUAAAUUCAAUACCAUUUAGCAUGGGAGAAAGCUUUACUUUUUUAAAAAUAAAAGCUACCACUGCAAUUAAUUUGUGAUUUUUGGAGAAACAUUUUUAGAAGGAUACAGUCAUGUAGAAUAACUGCUCAGUUAAUCUACCACUGGUAUUUGUUCCCUGCCUUCACAGAAAUAGAUGAGAGCUAGAAAUUGUUGUUCAAGCUGGUCAAACUUAUUUUAGGAGAAGGGAAAGUGACAGACAUUAGGAUAUGCUUUACUCAUCUUCCCAUUGCUCCUGAAAGCAAGAGAGGGUCAUUUAAGUUGAACAGCUGUUCCAGUAAUUGUAUGGUGACAGGUGCCUGAUCAUGGUUUAAUCUCAGUAAGGGGCAGUACACCUCUUUUCAACUCUGACUUCAGUGAUUCUGCUGCAGGAAAAACAGCACAGAGGGAUAAGUCAUCAUUUUACUAUGCUAUUUCAUGGUAUUAGAAAUGGGAGUAGCAUAGCCAAGGCAGGGAGCUUUGUAAUAAUAUUCAUCUUAAUCAAAGCUAAAGUACCUACUGCCCAAAGGAAACAACACUUUCUAGAAAAGGCUGAGGUAUGAUCUCUCAAAAACCUAAGUUCUGGUUUUAUUUGGAAGCAGUAUGGUGUAUGUCAUUCUGAAGCACAUAGAGGCCACUAUACAGAUUAAGGUUGUAGAGCUGCAAGUUGUUACACUUACAUAAAGCUGAGCAUUAAAAGAAUACUAGCCUAUUGUAGAGAAGAGGGAAAAGAUUAUUAUGGAGAAAGA